CUUAACAGCCCUUGAGCCUCAGCUCCUGGACGCCUGGCUGGAAGUUGGCUGUCCUGCUUCCUGUGACCUUGGGUCUUGAAGAGGACAAGGCCCAGGGCACUGAGACGCCCCUUCCACAGGCCUUUUCCCGUAAUCGCUCCUCCCUUGUCGCUUCUACCCCGCCCUCUACUGCCCUAAACUGCUUCCAGGGCGAAAUUGUUUCGCUUUUUCCUGCCCUAACAGGGGUUAGGGGGAGGGUGUCGCAGCCCUAGUCGCCCACGGGGGACAUGGAGCCCAGGAGGGCGGCGCCUGGGGCGCACGGAUGGGGGCCUCGGGUGGCGGCAGGGUCGGGGACGGCGGCGGAGCUCGUGUACCAUCUAGCGGGAGCUCUCGGCACUGAGUUGAAGGAGCUGGCGCGUCGCUUCGGGCCGGAGGCGGCGGCCGGACUCGUGCCGCUGGUGGUGCAAGCCCUGGAGCUCCUGGAAAAGGCGGCCGUGGGGCCCGCCCCGGACUCGCUGCAGGUGUCGGCGCAGCAGGCCGAACUGGAGCUGCGGCGGCUACGGGAGGAGAACGAGCGCCUCCGCAGAGAGUUGCGCUCUGGGCCACAGGAGGAGCGCGCUCUGCUGCGGCAGCUCAAGGAAGUGACCGACCGCCAGCGGGACGAACUCCGGGCGCACAACCGCGACCUGCUGCAGCGCAGCCAGGAGACGGAGGCGUUGCAGGAGCAGCUGCAGCGCCUCCUGCUGGUGAAUGCGGAGUUGCGGCACAAGCUGGCCGCUGUGCAGGCCCAGCUGCGCGCCGCGCGGGACCGUGAGAGCCAGCGGGAGCUACAGGGCGAAGCCGCCAAGGAGUGUUCUCAAGAACGGGGGCGGGAUAAGGAUGAGGGCCCCAGGUGCGAUCAGAGGCAGGAGCCCGAGCUGGCAGCCAACAGCGCAGGAGCCCCGGCGACCCCUGAGGACCCUGCGGAUACCCCACUGCAGCCAGAGCGCCCCUACAAGGUAGGGCAGUGCGGCUUUAGUCGAGAGGAAGUUGAGCAGAUCCUUCAGGAGAGGAAUGAGCUCAAAGCGAACGUGUUCCUGCUGAAGGAGGAGUUGGCCUACUUCCAGCGGGAACUGCUCACAGACCACCGGGUCCCUGAGCUCCUACUGGAAGCUAUGAAGGUGGCUGUCAGGAAGCAGCGGAAGAAGAUCAAGGCCAAGAUGUUAGGGACCCCAGAGGAAGCAGAGAGCAGUGACGAUGAGGAUGGCUCAUGGCUGCUGCUCUCCAGCGAUAAGGGAGACCACCCCCAACUGCCACCUCCUGAGUCCAGAAUUCAGAGUUUGUAUGUUAGGGGAAGAGGAAGGACAAAUGUGGUGGAGCACCCCCUGCCUUCAGCCCCUAUCCUCGACCUCUCUGGCAUCCAGCCUCAAAGCACCUCUUGGCUUUCCCCCAGCUUUGGCCUGUGGUAUCGGGGUGAAGCAGAGGCCCCUGAAGCAGAGACCAGCAGCGUGGCUCCCAGCAAGCUACAGGGAGAAGAGGAGGCCUCACAGCCACCCCACUUGGAGCCUGUGGGCAGCCUAACAGACCUCAACGCCUGAUAGGCCCUGUCCUACUCUGGUCUGGGGUCUCAGCUGCCGCAGAGGACUGACUUUGGGGUCUAUCUGUGGGUGGAUGUGUGACCUCAAAUGAGGACAGGGUUCCCUCCUUCCCAGCCUCUCCAGGCUCUUUUCUAAUCCUGGUCUGAGCUGGGGUGUGAUGGGGAGCUCAACCUACCUUCCUUCCUGUGUCUCUGUGCCAAUCCUCCAGGGCCAGAGAAGAGUGUUUCCUCUCUGAGUCUCAGUUUCCCCAUCCACGAAAUGGAGAACUGACUACCUACCUCCCAUGGGAUUGUGGGGGUGGCCUAAGCUAAUGGAAUAAAGCAACUGCCCAUGGUACCCAGAAA